AUGAACUUUCGUGAGUGGGAUCUAUCAACUACUCUAGGCUUACCCCCCAAUUUUCCUCGUGUAGACUACAACAUUACCAGGGAUAGUAUUGACAACAUUCCUAGAGGAUGUCGGCGUUCCAAUUGUGAGCGAUUCUAUCUCGAGUUCUUGGAGGUCGGUAGAGGACCUCGCCAAUUGCAACAAUACCCAAAUUACGCCUAUAUCAAGAUCGAUUUUGCAAGGAACUUUGGUGAAUACGAGGGCGUUGGUAUAUUCAUACUCCCAGACCUCGACGGCAGUGUUCCCGUGGAUGGUGUCGACUUCUCGGAACACAUACCUGGGAAAAUGGUCGUCGUGCCUCUUCCUUAUACACAAGUUUCUGGGGCUUCAGUUCGCGCUUUUCAGUUUUCCACCCCGUCUAGGAGUGAUUCUAUGCCCUUGGGAGGUCUACUCUCAAGUAUGACUCGCACCGGAAUGCAGCACUUUGACUUUUGCCAAAGUGGAGGAAGGAAUUCGCUGUUGCGCGGUUGCCGCGACUUUGUUUUCCAGAUGUUGAUCCAUAUGAUGCUUUCUGGGCACAUCGAUGGUGGAGCGAGAACGAUCUGGCCGGCCAGCAGAUAUGGAUUACCAGACGUAAAAGGCGUAUCGGACACCAUGGGAAAGCAAUUUGGCCCUGGAAUGGACGCUGAGAAUCUUAUCCGCAGGGGUCGAUUUCGUAACUUCCAGCGCAAAGUGGCUACCUCUUCGAAAUAUGAGCCGGAACUGUAG